CAGGACUUCCGGGAGAGAGAGAGAGAGAGAGAGAGAGAGCAGGUAGAUGAAACGAAAAUAAGUGGAUAUGAACAUGAAGAUGGACGCAGUUAAGACUUGAAACAGAAGCUGAAACGUCUGUGGGUUUUUUUUAUUUUAUUUAUUUCCCAGCUGCGACAAACGACAACUUCCUGGUUUGUCUGAGUUUGUGUUUACAGAUGUGACUUCUGACUGCGGCGCGUGCGGUUCCUUCUCGCCCGUCUAAACUUCCGGCUGCGGCGAUGAAAAUAUCCGGAAUAACUUUUCUCUACUUUUUACUUUUAUAUCAAAAAGUAUUAACGGAUGAGGUUACGAUAAUCAAAGAGUUGGAGGAGAACGUCGUGCUGCCAUGCCUCGGCAUCCCGCCCAACAUCACCCCGUCAGUGACCCGCUGGAUAAAGGGCGAGGUGGUGUUGGCUACCCAUAGCCACUCUCUGCCUGCCAGCACGACGCACACGUCGACGCACAUAUCCAUCCUGGACAACAGCAGCUUGAGCAUCACUGGCUUGAUGACUUUAGAUGAGGAAGUGUAUCAGUGUCAGACUGAGCCGAAGGGAAGCGACGUACUCCACCGUGUUCGGCUACUGGUCACAGAUGGUCCAAAGGACAUGGUGGUAAAUGUCACACCAGUGACGUCUCUCACUAAUGGAACGUUGUUUGUCGCGAAAGGCACCACUGUUAUUUUUAACUGUUCCAGCAAGUCGUACCCGUCACAGAACAUGACCUGGACUUUUGAGGAUGUGACCCUGAAAGAAAACAAAACCAGGGCGUUUGGGAGUAAAUCAUUUCUGCACUUUGAGAUCUUCAACAUUCAGCCUGAGGAUCAAAGAAACUACACGUGCCUCACGCAAAACAGCGUCUCCAACAAAACCAAGACACAAAGCGUGGAACUACUCAUCUACUAUGCUCCAAAGUAUCAUCCGGACUGCAUUUGGCACCACGGCUCUGAGCUCAAUCAGGUCUUCUUUAACUGCUCCUGGUACGGUGCUUACCCCACCCCCAUGCUAACGGUGUUAUUGGACUCGAAAGCAGGCGGGAAGCCUUUAUUGAAUGUAUCGCAGGAGAGGGAGAACUUUGAGGUGACACUGAACAGGAACAUGUUGUACGAGGGCCAGAAGAUCACCUGUGUAGGAAAACAUGUAACCCAAAAGCCUGGAAACAAGACAUUUUGCACCUUCACACUUGCUGCUCCACACCCUCUGGCACAACUGUUGGUUGCUGCUCUGGAAGGCACGAACGUCACCCUCACGUGCUCGGAGUCCCAGUCUCUGCCUCCUGCUAAAACCAUAUGGCUGCGAGGAGGAAGAACACAGGAGCCCAUCGUACCCAGCUCCAAGUACAUUGUGGCUGAACAGGGCCCAAUUCUGAGCCUCACCAUCCUCAGUGCCACAAAGGAUGAUCAGGGCGUGUAUUCCUGCCGGAGUGAAAACGCUGUCGCUGUCGCGGAGCUGGAGGUCAUCCUUUCUAUCAGAUCCUCUGCAGAUAAGUCUGGAGCCAUCGUCGGGGUCUUCAUAUCGAUUUUAAUUUUAGCAGCUGGAGCCAUGGUGGGCUAUGUCUUAUACACACAACGCCACAAGAUAUGCCUGGGUUUCCAGUCUGGGUACGGCCGUACAAACAAUAACAAUAUGGAUGUGAUGAAUCUGAUCGAGUCUGACGACGACGACAUUUUACACGAUGCCGUUCCGAGGCUCCCUCCACUCACUAACGGUCAAGUUUCCGCUCCGGUGACCACGCUCGUAGAAAUUCACCGCAUUCAGUCCAGUGAUCAUGAAGAUAAUGUGAACGAUCCAGACAUUGAUCAUCACACACAAGGCCGAACACAGGAACACACUCAGGAUCACACAGAUCCAGAUGAAAAAUAAACAAAAGGGACUUGCUGGACUUUUGUGACUGUACAGAAUUUCUUUAAAGCCAUUACAAUGGCUCAUUUUUAAAAUGCAGGGAUCUGAAGUUGCAGUGUGUGUGUGUGUGUGUGUGUGCUGCAUUUGUAAGAUCAGGCAUGGUAAGAUACAGUUAGUUGUAUAAAAUAAUGCUAAUGGUUGUAUAUUUCUUUUAUUUGUUCAUUUACUUGCCAGGGCGGCACGGUGGUGUAGUGGUUAGCGCUGUCGCCUCACAGCAAGAAGGUCCUGGGUUCGAGCCCCGGGGCCGGCGAGGGCCUUUCUGUGCGGAGUUUGCAUGUUCUCCCCGUGUCCGCAUGGGUUUCCUCCGGGUGCUCCGGUUUCCCCCACAGUCCAAAGACAUGCAGGUUAGGUUAACUGGUGACUCUAAAUUGAGCGUAGGUGUGAAUGUGAGUGUGAAUGGUUGUCUGUGUCUAUGUGUUAGCCCUGUGAUGACCUGGCGACUUGUCCAGGGUGUACCCCGCCUUUCACCCGUAGUCAGCUGGGAUAGGCUCCAGCUUGCCUGCGACCCUGUAGAACAGGAUAAAGCGGCUAGAGAUAAUGAGAUGAGGUGAGAUUUACUUGCCAUAUUAUUUUGGCUACAUUGCAGGAAGUCGGAAAAGCUUUGCGUGUGUGUGUGUGUGUGUGUGUGUGUGUGUGUUCCACUGCUUUGUACAGAAGCAUAAAAAACGAUCUCUGUUUUAAGACAAUGAUUUGGCAGUUGACUGUUUUCUUUUUAAAUUAACUUUUAUUUGAAUGAAAAAGAAGCUUUGACAUUUCUUUGAGAACGAUGCAAUAUAACUACGAGUGUAAACUGGAUGCAGGGUUUCAGUGUCGUGGGUGCACGUCCUUUGUUUCUGAAUAAAUGGUGAAUCUCAUAAGAAGGAACAGAAGGUGUCCACUUUUAAAAAAAAAAAAAAAAAAAGUGUUUCAGGGAGUAGUUUUCCUUCUGUCUGGGUUUUUUUUUUUUUUAAAGUGGAUGGAAAAAACACCAGCUUUAUUUCAUACAGUUUAGAUUAGAAAUCAUUUGUCAGGGUCUGGAUGAUCAUUAAUUUGGAUGGGAAGUAGGUGCUGUGUUGCAAACUGAUGUGGAUUUGUAUGUAUAAAUUGUUUUUGUUGAAUGAGUUGGGGAAAAAUUGAUUGAUAGUCUUGAAUGAAUGGAAGAUUUUGAUAAAGCUGGAAUUGUUUGAA